UGUAUUGAUUACAGAGAACUGAACAAGGUCACUAUUCGCAACAAGUACCCGUUGCCCAGAAUUGAUGACCUGUUUGAUCAGUUGAAGGGAGCUACUUACUUCUCAAAGAUCGAUUUGAGGUCUGGUUAUCAUCAGCUACGAGUCAGAGAACAAGAUGUUCCAAAGACAGCAUUUCUCACGAGGUACGGAUCUUAUGAGUUUCGUAUUAUGCCUUUCGGUUUAACGAACGCUCCAGCUGUCUUUAUGGACUUGAUGAAUAGAGUAUUCAGAGAAUACUUAGAUCAGUUUGUCAUUGUUUUCAUUGAUGAUAUUCUGGUUUACUCUAAGUCGGAGAAGGACCAUGCCAGACAUUUACGCACAGUAUUGCAGACACUUCGAGAACAUCAGUUGUUUGCGAAGUUUGAGAAGUGUGAACCUGAUCAACUUAUGCGUGAAAAAUGUGGGGGGUGUUACAGGUUGUGCAAGGUUGUUACGAAUACAAAUAAGUAUAAAAAGUAUGGAUGUAAGCAUUUUGACAAGAUGUCGACUAUAUUUGGGAACACAUAUGCAAAAGGGAUGCAUGCCCACCCAUCCACUACAGCACCACCCACAAUCAUUUUGCCCACUCCCAAUGAUGACGAUGAUGAGGAAAAGGGUUAUGAGGUCAGUCCCCCACCUUUACGUAAAGGUAAGAAAGCCAAAAGAGAUGCUUUAUCUCCUGGUAUAGCUGCACUCUUGUCAAACAUGAAUGAGAAUUUUGAGAGGAGAGCUGAGAAAAUGGAAGCUGCAAUAGAGAAAGCAGCUAAAGCAUCUUCUACUUCUACUCAUGUAUCUUCAUGUGAGAAAGGAGAUGAUGAAGCUCUCUCUCCCUCAAAAAAUGAUAGAGAUUAUGAAAUGUUUGAUGCCUCCACGCUCCUUUUACAAAAAAUACCUGGAAUUGAGAUGGCCCAAUUCGCUAAGGUAUCGAAGUUAUUACAUGAUUCUGAGAAGUGGCAGAAAUUUUUUCUUUCGGCACCUGAGGAUGUAAGAAUUGGUUGGGCAUUGAAUGUUUGA